AUGGUUGUGCCCAAUGAUGUGGCUUCUUUAAUUCCGGCAUUGGACAUGUCGGACCCCGUGUGCAUUCUCGUGAAGGAAAUUGCAGGCGCGUUGCGGCAAUGGAACGAUGAUGUGGACAACGUGCAGAUACAACGUUUUGAUCGGUUGUUGGAAGUGAAUGGAGAACCAUGUUCGAGCACCAUGUUGCGGCACAAAAUGGAAGAUGCCGGUUGCGAUCAGCUGACUUUUCUUGUCCAACGGCCUGAAGAGCGAUUGGUUGUUCUUCCUCAAAAUGAUCGCCUUGGCCUAGACAUCAGUUUUCGCAAAGGAAUUUCUGUCAGGCCAUGGGUCACCGGUGUUCGUGGGGGCGCAGUGGGUCAGUGGAACCUGGACAAGCCGCAGUUGAACGUGGACGUGCAUGACAGGAUUCUGUCGGUCAACGGCGUGUCAGGCGACCCGGCGUUCGUAACUAUGCAUGCUUUGUGUGUGGUUCCUGGAAACAGAGCGCGUGUUUGUCAAGUAUUGUUUUUGUUUUUCACCCUUUUGGUUUCUGUUGGAGAGCCUGGGCCCAUCCAACACAAGUUGCGGAUGUGUAUGUACGGUACACGACAAGUUUCAAACAAGGCCGCCCCAUAA